AUGCAGCAAUUGUUCCAUGAAAACUAUGAACACAACCGCAAGGGUUACAUUCAAGAUCUUCACAACAGUAAGAUUCACACAGCCAUAACACUUCAUCCAAACAAAAGACCAGCCUACCAAUACAGGCUGCACAAUUACAUACUGAGUCGCAAAAUUUCUGAACUGCGCUAUCGGACCAUCCAGCUCCAUAGAGAAAGUGCCCUGAUGAGCAAGCUCAGUAACAGUGAAGUAAAUAAGGAAGAUCAGCAACUGGGAGUGAUGCCAUCUUUCAAUCAUUUCCAGCCACAUGAAAGGGACGAAGUCAUCGAGUGGGAGUUCCUGACAGGAAAAUUUCUUUACUCGAUGGUGGAGAACCAGCCACCCCGGCAGAGCCUGAACAGCGUCCUGCGGGCUGCACUGGAUGACACUGUGAUGCAAGUGAUGGAAAUGAUAAAUGAGAACUCUAGAUCUAGAGGAAGGCUCAUUGAUUUCAAGGAAAUACAGUAUGGCUACCGCAGGGUGGACCCUUUGCAUGGAGUGGAGUACAUCCUGGAUUUAUUGCUUUUGUACAAAAGGCACAAAGGAAGGAAAGUUACAGUACCGGUGAGACGCCAUGCUUACCUUCAGCAAUUGUUUAGCAAACCUUUCUUCAAAGAAGCAGAGGAGCUGGAUGUAAGAAGCCUGCUGGAGGAUACCAACACUGACACUCAAUCUUUCUCUUUCCUUUCAAAUUCUUUGAAGAUUUUUGCCUCAUCAUUCCAAGGCACCAAAGACAUUGGGGGACACAGUGACAAGAAAAUACAUAUUCUUGUCCCUGUCACAGGAAGAUUUGACAUUUUCUCAAGAUUUAUGGAUAACUUUGAGAAGACUUGUCUGAUUCCCAGGCAGAAUGUAAAGUUGGCAAUAAUUCUCUUCAGUUCUGAGUCAGGCCAAGAUUCCAGCAAACACAUAGAGCUAAUGAAAGAAUACAGCAUUAAGUAUCCCAAGGCAGAUAUGACCCUGAUUCCAAUGGCAGGAAAGUUUUCUAGAGGUUUAGGUCUUGAAAUGGCCUCAUCUCAAUUUGGCAAUGGCACUUUGUUGCUGUUCUGUGAUGUUGAUCUGGUAUUCACACCAGACUUCCUCCAGCGAUGCAGAGAUAACACUAUUCAGGGAGAACAGGUUUACUACCCUAUCAUCUUUAGCCAAUAUGAUCCAAAAGUAAUAUAUGGAGGCAACCCUCCAGCUGACAGUAGUUUUGUUUUCACAAAAAGAACUGGAUUUUGGAGGGAGUAUGGAUUUGGAAUUACCUGUAUUUACAAAAGUGAUCUGCUUACUGCUGGUGGAUUUGAUACCUCAAUUCAAGGCUGGGGACUUGAGGAUGUAGACCUCUUUACCAAAGUGAUAACAUCUGGCUUGAAGGCUUUCAGAAGUCAAGAAGUAGGAGUCGUCCAUAUUUUUCAUCCAGUUCAGUGUGACCCCAAUUUAGAUCCGAAACAAUAUAAAAUGUGCUUAGGGUCCAAAGCAAGUACUCUUGCCUCUACCAUGCAGCUUGCUGAACUCUGGCUACAGAAACACUUGGGUGUCAGGUACAAUCGAACUCUCUCCUGACAUCUCAGCCUAUUUGGCCUUUCUAGGGGGUUUACCUCAUUAUUGUUAUUGUUAUUUGAUUUUGCUGUCAUAGUUUUAAACUCCCUCCUCAUUGUCUUCCAAAGACUGUUGACCUCAAACGGGAUGAGGCUGCUGUUCACUGAUGUUUCUUAUACCUACUGAACUGGUGAGGUGAAUUCCUUCAUAUUUUGUUUAUUUGAAAUUCAGUCAAGUCACAGCAAUCAUAUGAUCCCAUGGAGCAUAUCCAUCAUAAGAGACUGCAUCAGAAGAAUGCUCUCUUUCGGCUUUGGGAUGCAGUAUCAUCUUUGUUGCAUUUAUCAGAUUUGAUGUGAUACAAAUAGUUACUGGUGAAGGUACCACAAAAGUGCUUUAUGCUUCUUCUGGGGAUGGAACUCUAUAAGAUAAACUUGAGUUUUAUAAUUUAUAUGAGGACUUAUAUGUAUAAACGCUACUUUUCUUCAUCUUUAGAAUUUUUAAAGUAAAUUAAUAACUAUGAUUGUACCUUUAUUUUUUAAAAAAAAAA